AGCACAGCUGCGCACUACUGACGCCUCUGAGACCCACUGAGACAGGCAAUGAGUCUUACAACAGCUGAAGCAGCGGUAGCUGUUAUUGCUGGCACGUCCCUGUUCAGCACCAGUGUGGAGCAAAUAUCCCGGAGCAUAGACACAUGGAGAAAUGUCACCAUUGAAAUCACCAAUUACAGCAAUACAUUCACCUUAACAAAUCCAAGGUCCUACACCUACAGUGGAUACUGUUACCAUCCUCCACAACCUACCAUUGCAAAAAGGACGAAAGAAGCAUGCUCGUUUUCCAAAACUCCACACACAGCUUGUGGUUCUGUCGGGGUUCUGACGUACCAAAUCCUCAAUAAUGAAACAAAACAUGUUGCUGAACUGGCCAUCAUGUUCUCUGUGCCUUUUGACUACAACCAAUAUGAAAACAUGUUUGCCCUUGGCAUUUAUGAACCAAACAUUUCAUGUGAUAAAAAUCUAUACAACAAGAUGUAUUAUCACGGUGGUCUGUUCACCAGAGGAAAAGGGACAGGGGGUGUUAUAACAUAUUGUGGAAAUGGAGCUCUGGUGAAGGGAACAAUGUCUGCUUAUGGCCAAUCAAUUAUUAGGGCUGAACUGUGGGAUAAGUAG